GAAGAAGAAGAAGAAACGACUGAGCUCGUUUCUCGACCCCAUCGGCAGCACCGCUCGACGUUUGAGGCACUAAAAAACAAGCAGAAGAUACGAUCCAAGAUUCAGCUGGUUUUGAGGCUUCCACCCCUCUGUCACUCCCUACAUCAUCACUGAUUGAAGAAAUCAGGUAGUUUUCCAAAGAUUACACCCACAAUGGAGGCAGUUCAUUCACCAAGCAAGGCCUCACAGCAGGUUCUUGCUAAGGAGGACAACCCAAGACGGAAUCCUAAAGGAAGACCCAAAAGACACUGCUGUGAUGAUUGCAAGCAAGUCUUCACCACUUCAGCAAACCUGAAGAUCCAUAAGAGAACUCACACUGGUGAUAAACCGUACAGCUGUGAUCAGUGUGGAGCGGCUUUUGCCGAGAAAGGUACCCUAAAGCGACACCAGCUUAUUCACUCGGGAGAAAAGCCUUACAGCUGUGAUCAGUGUGGAACGGCUUUUGCCCGACAAAGUCACCUUAACAGUCACCAACUUAUUCACACUGGAGACAAGCCUUACAGCUGUGAUCAGUGUGGAGCGGCUUUUGCCCAGCAAAGUUCUCUAAAGAGUCACCGACGUAUUCACACUGGAGACAAGCCUUACAGCUGUGAUCAGUGUGGAGCGGCUUUUGCCCGACAAAGUAACCUAACGGAUCACCAACGUAUUCACACUGGAGACAAACCUUACAGAUGUGAGCAGUGUGGAGCGGCUUUUGCCCUCAAAAGUUACCUAAAGCAACACCAACGUAUUCACACUGGAGACAAGCCUCACAGAUGUGAUCAGUGUGGAGUGGCUUUUGCCCACCAAAGUUCUCUAAAGAGUCACCAACGUAUUCACACUGGAGACAAACCUUACAGCUGUGAUCAGUGUGGAGCGGCUUUUGCCCACCAAAGUUCUCUAAAGCAACACCAACAUAUUCACACUGGAGACAAGCCUUACAAAUGUGAGCAGUGUGGAGCAGCUUUUGCCCGACAAAGUUCUCUAAAGCAACACCAACAUAUUCACACUGGAGACAAGCCUCACAGAUGUGAGCAAUGUGGAGCGGCUUUUGCCCGACAAAGUUCUCUAAAGAGUCACCAACAUAUUCACACUGGAGACAAGCCUCACAGAUGUGAGCAGUGUGGAGCGGCUUUUGCCACAUUAGGUUAUCUAACGAUACACCAACGUAUUCACACUGGAGACAAGCCUUACAGAUGUGAGCAGUGUGGAGCGGCUUUUGCCCACCAAAGUUCUCUAAAGAUUCACCAACGUAUUCACACUGGAAACAAGCCUUACAGGUGUGAGCAGUGUGGAGCGGCUUUUGUCCAACAAGGUCAGCUAGAGCGACACAAACGUAUUCACACUGGAGACAAGCCUCACAGAUGUGAGCAGUGUGGAGCAGGUUUCGCCACAUCAAGUCAUCUAAGGCGACAUCAAAGUAUUCACACUGGAUAAAAAGCAUACAUCUGUGAUCAGUACUAGGGCUGAACGAUUUUUGAAAAUCUAAUUGCGAUUUUUUUUUUCCUCAAUAUUGCGAUUGCGAUUUAAUAUGCGAUUAUUUUUUUUCAAGGUCCUGUUCUCAUGUAUUUUUCAACUACACAAGCAAUAAAUCAGUCUGUUUUAUAAUAAACAAUGUCAGAUUUAUUUAAAGGACAGAUUACAACAAUAAAGAAAACAAAUCUGUGGCUUUACCUCUUUAACACGUCUGUACACACGAGUGUUAUGGGUCGUUCUCUCUGAACCCAAUCGCACGACACCAAACCGGGUUAAACUUUAGCCAAAACAAGGCGUAGUUUAAUAAAAAAACUCCCACAGGGAACAAAAAAACCUUCCUCACAAGGAACUCAGAACUUCUUCACAAAUAACUCAAAAAUCACAGGGAGAAAAAAACUAACAAACAAACCAACAAAGCUCAGCGUUAACAAAACGAACCAGCAAUGAACAACUGGCAGCCCCGCUCUCUAACCUCUCCUCCUGAUGAGCUGACGAGCUGCAGGUUCAGGCUCACAGCACGACUCAAGGCUGGUUUAUGGUUCCGCGUUACAACAACGCUGAACCUACGGCGUAGGGUACGCGGCGACGCGUGCACUACGGCGUAGGCUAUGCGUCGAUUUAACGUGUCGAUUUAACGCAGAACCAUAAUUCAGGCUUCACUGUCCGCCGGCUCGUGCUCCUCGCCGCGCCGACUCUGCGCUCAUAUAUUUAAUAAAUUUAUAAAGCGCUGCGUGGCCGAGCCUAGUGCUGGGCGGUAUACCGGUUCAUACCGAAUACCGGUGUUUAUUUUUCUUAUGAAUUUUUCAUAUACCGUAAUACCGGUGAGUAUGUACAGUAGCGUACACAACGUUGGGAACGCCGCGCGGCGGAACGUAGCGCCGCUGGACACUGUUUGUGAGGGGACUGUUUAGCAGUAGUGAUGCACCGAUUCUUCGGUAACCGAAAUUGUUCGGCCGAAAAUGGCAAAAAAACACUUUCGGUGUUCGGUGGAAUAAGUGGGAAAAAACCGAACAAUUAAUAACGGCGUUGUAAUGUAAGGAAAUAGACUGGCCGCUCCCGUACCCGGUUGCGCACCAAAACAUAAAUCGUUGGCCAACCAAAAAGUAACCACAUAAGAAUUUUACCUACAGUAACAGACUGGCCGCUCCCGUAACUGUUGCGCACCACAAACAUAAAUCGUUGGCCAACCAAAAAGUAACCACAUAAGAAUUUUAUCUAACAUUCACCAGGAGGUGGAACCAAAACAACAUAAUGCUGGGAAAUUAAAAAAUUUUCAGUUUUUUAUGUUCAAUAAAUAUUUUCUACCUUGUAAUUUUGUAAAAGAUUUUUUUUCUUUGAAAAGCCUAAAUCAAAUUUAUUUGAUUUAUGCAAUGAAAAAAUUGGCAAAAUAAAUGAAAAACUGCGAAGAACCAUGUUCUGUAUUCGGCCAAGUGUUUAUUAUUAUUUUUGGUUUCGGUCACAAAUUUUCAUUUCGGUGCAUCACUAUUUAGCAGUUGUAUUGUUUACAGCGGACACAUGUGGGUGAAGAUGGCUGAAAACGAAAGUCCCACAACUGUUCCAGAACAUGACACAGGGGAACUUGUUCCGAAAAGAGGAGCCGUGUCGGCUGUGUGGACGACGUCCUCAAACAACAAUCAUCUGCAACUGUUGUAAAGAUAAAGUUGUAGCCGCGGGAGGCAACACUAGCAACUUGCUCCACCACCUCAGCUGCAAACGUGAUAGAAUAUCAAGAAUGCAUGAAGCUGAGAUCUGCGUCCACCACGUCUACAGGUAACACUAGAAGUGCGGGAGAAAAGUCAAGUCAGACAACACUUAGUCUUUAAGUGUUGUCUGACUGAUUCUCUCAUUUCAUUAGAAUCAUAAGUGCCACCACCUCAUUGUAAACGGCAUCAUUUUGUGAGGCCAUGCAAACCUGUAUUUAUACUAGUGUGGACAUUAAUGUUUUUCUAAAAUAUUUCCUCCUCAUGACAGUAAAAUAGGCCAUUCUAAGCCAAUUUACUGAAGCAAUUCCUUUCCAAAUCAUUAAAAAAUAUGACCCAGUUGUGCAUGAAAAAAAAAAUACCGUGAUAUACUGUGAAACCGAUAUAGUUUUGAAAAAUACCGUGAUAUAAAUUUUUGGUCAUACCGCCCAGCACCAGCCGAGCCCUAACGCUAAGGCCAUGGUAGAUUUAGGUUAUGCUGCACCGCUCUGCUCACUCGCACAUUACGUGACCAGAUCACGUGACCAGAUCACAUCACAGCCUUUGUGCUUAGAAAGUCUUGUUUUAUCACAUCGCAAUAUUAUCGCGAAUGCAAUUAAUCGUUCAGCCCUAAUCAGUACUGAUAUCAUUUAUUUUUAAAGUUCAGUUAGGCAGCACGGUGGCUUAGUGGUAAGCACUGUUGCCUCACAGCAAGAAGGUCCCCAGUUCGACUCCUGGGCCCAGCAGAGUCUUUCUGUGUGGAGUUUGCAUGUUCUCCCCGUGCUUGCAUGGGUUUCCUCCCACACGCCAAAAACAUGCAUACUAGGUUAAUUGGUGAUUCUAAAUUGCCCGUAGGUGUGAGUGUGUCUGGUUGUUGGUCUGUAUAUGUGGCUCUGCCUCUCGCCUGAAAAUAGCUGGGAUAGACUCCAGCAGACCCCCAUGACCCUGCAAAGGAUAAAGCAGGUAUAGAUAAUGGAUGGAUGGAGUUAAAAUGCACCAAAGAAGUUUGAAAGAAGUUUGUGUUUAGUUAGUUGUUGUU